CUUCUCAUUCUCACCUUCUUUUCUUCUUCUUCAUCCAAAAAAUGGAUUCCAACACUCUCUCUCCAGCCAUGAAACUCAUGAUCGUUCUCAUCAUAUCCUCCUUCACAGUUUCACUAGCCUUAGACAUGUCGAUCAUCUCCUACGACAAAACCCACCCAGACAAAUCAACAAGCAAAAGAACCAACAAAGAAGUGUUGACUAUGUACGAAGAGUGGUUAGUGAAACAUGGAAAAUCCUACAACGGUUUAGGAGAGAAAGACAAAAGGUUUGAGAUCUUCAAAGACAACCUUAAAUUCAUUGAUGAACAUAACGGUUUGAAUUCGACAUAUAGAUUAGGGUUGACCCGGUUCGCGGAUCUAACGAAUGAAGAGUAUAGAAGCAAGUUUUUGGGAACAAAGAUCGAUCCGAACCGUAGGAUGAAGAAAUUGGGUGGUUCAAAGAGCAAUCGUUAUGCGCCACGUGUCGGUGAUAAAUUGCCUGAGUCUGUUGAUUGGAGGAAGGAAGGUGCUGUUGUUGGAGUCAAAGACCAAGCCAGUUGUGGGAGUUGUUGGGCAUUCUCAGCAAUCGCAGCUGUUGAAGGAAUAAAUAAGAUUGUGACAGGAGAUCUAAUUUCACUAUCAGAACAAGAACUGGUGGACUGUGAUACAUCAUACAACGAAGGAUGCAAUGGUGGACUUAUGGAUUACGCCUUCGAGUUCAUCAUCAGUAAUGGUGGCAUUGACUCUGAAGAUGAUUACCCUUACAAAGCUGUUGAUGGUAGAUGUGACCAGAACAGGAAAAAUGCUAAAGUUGUUACAAUUGAUGACUAUGAAGAUGUUCCUGCUUAUGAUGAACUGGCCUUGCAAAAGGCUGUUGCAAACCAGCCUAUCGCCGUUGCUGUAGAAGGAGGUGGUAGGGAAUUCCAGUUAUAUGAAUAUGGUGUAUUUACUGGUAGAUGUGGAACAGCACUAGACCAUGGUGUUGCAGCUGUUGGAUACGGUACAGAAAACGGUAAAGAUUAUUGGAUUGUGAGAAAUUCAUGGGGUGGUAGCUGGGGAGAACAAGGUUACAUCAGACUCGAACGUAAUCUAGCUUCAAGCAGAGCAGGAAAGUGUGGAAUUGCGAUCGAGCCAUCUUAUCCAAUUAAGAAUGGGCAGAACCCCCCUAACCCUGGACCAUCGCCACCUUCACCUAUAAAGCCACCAUCUGUCUGUGACAGCUACUACAGCUGUGCUGAAGGCUCUACUUGUUGCUGUAUUUACGAGUAUGGAAGAUCUUGCUUUGAGUGGGGAUGCUGUCCUCUUGAGUCUGCUACUUGCUGUGAUGAUCACUACAGUUGCUGCCCUCAUGAGUAUCCUGUCUGUGACACCCGUGCUGGACUUUGUCUUAAGGGCAAGAACAACCCAUUGGGAGUGAAGUCAUUCAAACGCACUCCUGCCAAGCCUCACUGGGCCUUUGGAGGUAAGAACAAGAUGAGCAAUGCUUAAGUCAUCGACUCAAAAAUGUACGUGCGGAAGGAUAAGAUGAGGAGGAACUCAGGAAGAUUAAAGGACUAAAACACUAGCUGAAUGCCCUUUUCCUUAGUUUUCAAAGACAAUGCACGUAACAUUCGUAUUUGUUCGCUAUUUUAUGAUACAAACAGAUACAUUGUGUCAAAUUUCAGUCACACACUGACUGUGUACAUAACUAUGCAUUGUAUUUGCAUUGUAUUUCUAUAUUCAAAUUCCAAACCCAGAACUUAUUUGAUUAUUGUACUUUUCAUCGUUUGUAAAUUAUCUGAUGAUCAUUCAGUAAUGCUUGGAUAUAUCCACAUAUAAUAACAUGUUCAUGUGUUACUUUUGUUGAGUA